ACAAGGAGGAGCAGAGUUAGGCUGGCAUUAUUUGGGGGGCAAAAGCUAUGAUUGAGAUAAUUGGGCUCCCCUGACACCUAAGUCAUCAUUGAACUUACACACCACUCUCUCUCUCUCUCUCUCUCUUUCUUAUUUUUCUCAUCAUCACUUUCUAUAUAACCCAUUCCAACAUCCCCACUCUUCUUCUCCAGACAUACCAACCCUCAUAACUUCUUUCUCUCUCUUUCUUUCUCUCUGCAAUUCCUAGAAGAAAAAAAAAACCCACUUUCUCACCAUCCAAACACCAAAAGCAAAGUAAGAGGAAACGAUGAUGGUUGAGAAAGAGGAUCUGGGUUUGAGCUUGAGUUUGAGUUUUCCUAACCAGAAUCGUCACUCGGUUACGAAGAGUACUGUUACUCAUAAUAAUAAUAAUAAUGAUCAUAAUAAUAAGCUUAAUAAUCUCUUGCUCUCCUCGUUUGUUCCGUCUUUGUCAACUUCUUCUUCUUCGCCUUCUUCUGGUUUCAAUGUUAAUCCUCAUCAGAAACCUUCUUGGAAUGCGACCUUUCCUUCUUCUGCAGAUCCGAAUUCUGAGUCGUGCCGAGUUGAGACUCGAACUUUUCUCCGUGGAAUCGACGUGAACCGGUUGCCGUCGACGGUGGAUGUCGAAGACGAAGCCGGUGUUUCAUCACCGAACAGUACGGUCUCUAGCGUUAGCGGUAAACGGAGCGAGAGAGAAGCAAUUAAUGUCGACGAUAACGAGAUGGAGAGAGAUUCUUCUCGAGGUAUCAGCGACGAAGAAGACGGUGAGACCUCGAGAAAGAAGCUCAGACUCUCCAAGGACCAGUCAGCCAUUCUCGAAGAGAGUUUCAAAGAGCACAACACUCUGAAUCCAAAGCAAAAGGGUGCGUUGGCCAAGCAGUUAGGCCUCAGGCCAAGACAAGUAGAAGUCUGGUUCCAGAACCGUAGGGCAAGAACUAAGUUGAAGCAAACCGAGGUUGAUUGUGAGUUUUUGAAGAGGUGCUGUGAGAAUCUGACGGAGGAGAAUAGGCGGUUGCAGAAGGAAGUUCAGGAGCUGAGAGCACUGAAAUUAUCUCCUCAAUUCUACAUGCAAAUGACCCCACCAACCACUCUCACCAUGUGUCCCUCGUGUGAGCGUGUGGCUGUCCCACCCUCGUCCUCCUCCGCCGCCUCCGAGUCCCGGGGCCAUCACCAAGCGAUUGUCCCGGUUCACCCUCGGCCCGUACCCGUCGGACCUUGGGGGGCUGCAGCAGCCACUCCGAUUCAACAUCGGCCGUUCGAUGCCCUCCACCACAGAAGUUGAGAGAGAGAGAUAUCGUAACGUUAGGGGCAGUUUGGUCAUUUUUGAAUAUCCAAAAGUCCUUGUUUAAAUAAUUUAAAAAGUAAAAAAAAAAAGAAAAAAUUUGGUGUCGCAUAAGUAUGUACGGAAGUUCCAUAUGUAAAAGUGCACCCAUUAACAAUGGUUGAAAUUCCAAUGGUGGAGUCUGAGAUAUGGUUGUUGGGAAAUAUGAUUUGGUGGGUCUUCAAGUUUUGUAUUAUUCGAUGGCACCCAUCAUCCUCUUUUGUUGGGAGGUUUGUCUCCUAUGUUUAGAAUUUAGAUUAGUUCUUAUGAAAAGGAAAAAAAAAAGAAGACUUUUACUAAUACUAGUCUUAAGUGCUAAUAUGAUACUUCUAGCUUCAAAUCUUUGAACCCAAAGAAAAAAAGAGAAAAAUGUACCCUUUUAGAUGGUUAUGGAAGCGGAACCUUUGCUUGUAAAGUUUAUUAUUCUAAAUUUGAUUAAUUUCUACUUUUUUAACA